CAGACCUGCUUGACUUUUGUAACCCACGCUUCUCACCUGACAUCUGGAGCUCUGAACGGCUUUCGCAUAGAGUGUAUGCGGAGAUAGUACGACCGGUGUCUGAGACAGCACGAACCCGAUCUUUGUUGUUGCCAAAAGAAAAGGCAACCCGACUAGUGGAACGUUUACGCUAAGUAGUGGAACUCCCCUUUACGUUACCGAGUCUCACUCCAACGCAUCCACGUUUGGGGUGCGCCAUCUCCCCAUCACUUUUCAUCGUCACAUCUUUAUCCACCAGCACUCAUGCCUCACCAUGAGCUCCAAAGACAACUUGGCCUUGGAUCUGGAGCACGGCGUGCGACGAUGGGAUAGGCAAAGAUGGAUCAGCGUUUUCAGCAGCCACUCACCUACUAUCCGCGAGGUGACUGAAUGCUUGGGUCUGGGCUUAUCCGCAUCCAGCUCGACGACGAAUCGUGGCAUUCCCAAAUUCGACAACCCGGACUAUCGCAAGAUUUCGAGUGAAGUCACGAAGCUGUCGAAAGAGUUGCCAAAGGAAAGAGAUGCAUUGCUCGAUUUUGCUGCAGAUCCGCACAGCUUAGAUGCCGAGCUGGAAGAGUUGCUCGGUACUUACGGACCCGCUAUCUGGGGCAGGGAUGCCGAUCGCAGCUGUCUCCUCACCCCCGAACCAACCAAGAAGACCUACAAUAAAGAUCUGUUCUACGACAAUGCAGAGCACAGGGAAAUACUCAAGAUUCACCUGCAUCGAUGGAUCAUCAUCAAAGCAUGCUACUACAUCAGGAACAUGAAGCUUAAGAGGCCUUCCGGUGCGAACGACUACGAUGCACUUGCUGAAAUUGAGGGUGAAGGUGGCUCACAACAUGGAACACCGCAAUCUCUUUCUCCACCGCGACCUGAUGCAUCCACUGGUGCUGAAUUCGAUGUGAAGCCAGUCUCAAAUCUCAAGAAACGCAAGAGCUCGGCGUACUUAGGUGGUGGAUCUGUGUCAGAUGGGGAAGAGCAUCUCUCCUCGCCUGCUAAGCGGCCAUACAACACGUUACCAACAGGAAGGAGAAGUGCAAGUCCCAGGAAGUCACUCAAGUCACUAGUCGCCUCCAGUCCCGGUAGCAUCGAGAAUGUGCCACCUCUUCCAGUCCGGCCUUUCGACCAGAAUCACCAUCUUUCGCCAGCCCCGAAUGCUGGCCCGGAAUCUGCUCGCGUGCAACUCAGCCCAAUGUCAAGUAACGAAGUCAAUGGAAUCUCUGGGCCUCCUGCAACUGCACCGGCGCCUGCUGGGGGUUUCACGGCUGUCAACACGCCACCUCUGCCGCCAGUCCGAGAGCCCUCAAAUGAAGCGUCCCGGGCACCAUCACUCGACUCGAAGAUGACCUCGCCGGCGCAGAACCGUGUGGAACCUCGCGCAUACACUAGUCCAUACGAUACAGCUGCUCAGGGCGUGAAUUUGCCAUCGGUCACUCCAGAUCCUCGUGCAGUGCCUGCACUCAGCGCUGCGUCCGUUCCCGGUCAAGGAUUUCACGCGAUCACUUCACCCACACCUACCAACGGCGUCGUCAGUCGCGAGUCCUCUGUAGCUCGAGCUACUCAGCAAAGCCUUUUCGGACCUCAGGCCACCCCUCAGCUGCAGCCACAACCGCAAAGCUCACCGCAAAGCCAGGCUGCUCAAGUCAAAACUCGUCCUGAGAGUCAACCGCACAAUCUCACACCAUCCAGAACACACACUCAGCUAAGUCAGCAGCAAGCCCCAGCUCAGCCCCCGAGUCGAACCCACACACCGAGUAGCCAUCAUGUCGGCCGUUCUAUUGCCCCGCACCCUUCCAGCAGGUCUAAUACACCCUUUUCGCAGGACGCGAAAGUUCAGUCGAUCAAGCCGCACAACCAGCAGAUUGCACCCACCCCCGCACCCGCGCUAAUGGAGCUGCACGCACCCAUCCACGGUAUGCGGAUUGUUCCUGCAGUGGUACCAGCUGCUCUCUCCCAAGUCGUCCAACCUCCACCGCCUGUUGCAGCUCCUGUUCAACCCCCACAACCGGUACUGAAGAGCCAACACGUCGAGGUUGCUCCCCAACACCAGGGUAGACCUGUCGCGACAGUGGUCGACUUGCGUUUGCUCCAGUGUGAGGUUCUUGCUUUGCUCAUCCAGUAUCUGUUCCCAAGACCAGCGACACCGCCAGACGAAGGAAUUGUCAUCAGCCGGAUCCACCACCUUUGGUACCUCGGUGAGGCCAUGUUCCGCGCUGAACUCGGUCCGCAUUACGAAAUGUGCUCUCGUAUCCUGCAGGCCUGGCUUCACGAGAGGCAAGCCAUCAGCAGUCUUCGACACUCGCUGCUCACGCAACCUGGAGUCAGCGCAGCUGGGCUCAUGGAUCGGCUUCUGGCUAUGAACGACCUUCGAGUCAUGCGACUGAAGUGGAAGAACAUGAGCACUCUUGACGGUGUCAGCCCUGAAGAUCUGCUUUGUAGGACCUUUGCAGUCAUGGCGAACACAGAGAACACCGAGCACCUAUUCAAGGACGGACUAGAUCGGCUCAACAGGGGCGUGUUCGAGUUCCUCCGACAUGAGGACUCCAAGAUUGUGAUGCACAGGCGGUGAGCGACUGUUCAGCAUGCACCAUUUUCUUUCUAUAACUUUGGCUGUCUUACUAUUUUCCUUUGUCUAAAAAGUGUAGACAGUAUUCAUCCUGUCCGUUUUAGCGAUGGCGUUCGGUGGUACUCAGCAUGUAGGGCUUGAGUCUAUUUGAAUUGUGUGGGGGUGGGUCUGAGAGCAUGUCUCUGCGAAGGGUUUCCUCGGCUUUCCUGUAUAUGUAUACCAGUAGCCGCAGGAAAUGCGAAAGUCUAGUAAUUUGCAUGUAACAAUAUACACAUAAG